AUGGCCUCCAUAGAGUUGUACUGGGUUGACACGAUCCUAGGAGUAAGAGCACAAUCGUUCCUAGAUCGAUGUGGUUGGUGGGAUUUCUCAUUCAUUCUGUGUUUCUCAGGCCGCUGGUUUAGAAGGCAUUUAAAUGUUGACAUUGGACCGGCAUUUAAAGCCAGCUUAAAUAAGAAUGGCACGGAAAAUGGUUUCACAAAAACGAAACUACGUUCUAUUCUUGUUGUCAUAUCGUAUGGACAUACAAUAUUUGCUGAUGUCAAUCUGCUUGGUCAAUUCGAUAAGAACCCUGGGAGUGUUCAUAAGGCUCUGUCUACUCGAUCGGGUUUUGGACCCGCCAUCACGGUUGAGGUAGAGGGACAGACGGUCCAGAGCAGUGAUAACAUGAUAGUAGAAUGCGGCUAA